UAAGAACUAAGCCCAGAGAGCAGAAGCUGAAUAACCUUUGCACUAGUCUUUUUCAUCAUGUCUUCAUUUUUAAGCUCGUCCUGAAAUUGGAAUCUUCUCCACUGUUUCCCACAGUCUUCAGAUGCUCAGUAAUGGUAAUGUUCCUCUGCAUUAAACUCAACCUACAUUUGGGAUUUCUUUCUCCUUUGUGAUUUGCUUAUUAGUCAAGGCCAGAGAGCAUUUGAAUAGAUGGGUUGUGUUGCUUCGAGGAUCGACAAGGAAGAGAGAGUGCAGAGAUGCAAGGAGAGGAAGAGGCUGAUGAAGCAAUUAGUUCGGUUUCGUGAACAAUUUGCUGCUGCCCAGAUUGCUUAUUUGCAAACUCUGAAGAACACAGGCAUCACACUUCGGCAAUUCACUGAAUCAGAAACGUUGGAGCUCGAAGAUACCCCAUUUGGCUUUGCAUUGCCUCCAUCCCCUCCUCCUCUGCCUCCUUCACCUCCACCCCCACCUCCACCUCCACCUCCUUUAAGCCCUGACUUGAGGAAGGUUGUGAAGGCAGAGGAAGAAAAAGAUGUUGUUCAAGAAGAAAGCAUUGAGAUUGAUGAGGAGAGCAGCUGCACAACGCCGCCACCUCCCCCGAUUCCAAACUCAUCUUGGGAUUUCUGGGACCCUUUUGGGCCUUCUUCUUCUUCUCCAGUUCAGCAGAAGAAGAGUGAAGUAAUCCAGCAGGAAGAGGAGGAUUGGGCAGAGACUAAGACAGAAUUUGAUGAAGAAGAGCAAGUGGAGGAAGUUGCAGCUGAUAUUGUUCUGAAUUCACUUCCAGAGAAGCCUUCAGUGGCGGAGCUCAUUGAUGAUUGUUCUUCAAUGGUGAGCUGGUAUACUAAGGAUACUGCAGAUAUGGCCAUGGUGGUCAGUAGGAACAAGAAGACUUUGGCGGGUAUUAUGAGGGAGCUGGAUGAUUAUUUCCUGAAAUCUUCUGAUGGUGGCAAGGAAAUAGCUGUUCUUCUCGACAUCAACAGAGGAGACUCUCUCUACCAUAAUAUAGGAGAAAGCAGCAGGAAGAGGUGCAAUUCUGCGAAGGUCUUUAGCUCAUUGUCUUGGAGUUGGUCUUCCAGAUUGCUUCAGGCCAGCAGGGACUCUAUAGAACUUCAAGGCCCCAGUGAAACUUGCAAAUUUGGUGCCCUUUGCAUCACACUAGACAAGCUUUCUGCUGAGGAACAAAAGCUUUAUGAGGAAGUUAAGGAGGAAGAACUUGCAAAAUUGGAGUAUGAGAAGAAGACAUUGUUACUGCAGAAACAAGAAGCUGAGGAUCAAGAGUUGCCAAGGAUUGAGAAAACCAAGUUGAGCAUUGAGUGUUUGCAGUCUGACAUCAUGUGUUUACAACAAUCAAUAAGUAGGACGUGUGGAUCGAUAUUGAAGCUUAGAGAUGAGGAGCUGCAUCCUCAGCUUGUUGAGUUAUCAUUAGGGUUGAUGCACAUGUGGAGAAAAAUGUAUGAAUGUCAUCAAGUGCAGAACCAUAUUGCCCAGCAAAUGUGCCAUCUCACUAAUCAUCCCAAUGCAGAUCCCACAACAGACUACCAUCGCCAGGCAACAGCCCAACUUGAAACAGAGGUCACUGCCUGGUACAAUAGCUUUUGUGAUCUCCUCGGAUCUCAGCGGGAGUAUGUACGAGCCCUCAACAGGUGGGUCCAACUCACAGACUGUCUAAAGGAUGACCAACAACAAAGUGACCACCCAUGUGAGGUCCAGGCCCUCUGUGAAGAAUGGCAGCUUGCCCUUGACAGGUUGCCAGACAAGGUAGCCUCUGAAGCCAUUAAGAGCUUUGUGUCAGUCAUCCACUCCAUAAUCUUGCAGCAGGCUGAAGAACGUGAAUUGAAGAAGAAGUCUGAUCGUCUUGAGAGAAGGCUGCAUAAGGAAUUGAACUCCCUGUGCGAAAUGGAGCUGAAGCUUGAUGUUAACUUCACUGGAAAUGCAGAUUCCACCUUGAGUCUUAAGCAUCCUUUAUCAGUAAAGCGUUCUAAGACUGAGGCCUUUAAGAAGCGGGUAGAGGAUGAGAAGGCAAAAUAUUUAAACUCAGUCCAGGUCAGUCAGGCCAUGACCCUGAAUAACCUACAAACAAGCCUCCCAAAUGUCUUCCAGGCAUUAACUGGAUUCUCAAGUGUGUGCACUCAGGCUUUUGAAGCUAUUCAUAGCUGUGCUUCAUCGAGAGCUUGUCAUGAUGGAGCAUUGUAGUUAGAAACCUGAUGCAUUGGCUUGACCAGGUGAGGCCUAUUUGAAGCUUCAGAUAGCAGGACCAGAUCUAUUGCUCUACUAUCAGAUGAUGUUCAGCAUGCUGAAAUAACAGGACAGAAUAAAAAAUGCUGUGUAUGCUUGUUUAAAAUCAUAUAGGGAAAAGAAGUUAAACUUUGAAGUUUGGUACAGGUGAAUUCAGCAGCCAUCUCAAAGUGGGUUGGAGGCAGAUUUUAAAGGUGCCACUGGCAACAAUGGUUGGCAAAAUACACUGAAUUGUAGGGAUUGGCACUAAUACAUAUUAUUUGAUCAUUUCAUUGUAACUGCUCAUCCUUACCCUGUCCAUUACAAAAAUGAAAGGCAGUGAGUGAAUAGAGAUAUUGUUUGUCUUUCUA